AUGAUACCUGUAGAUCGGCUUAACGAGUUCAUCAUUGGAGCUAUUAAAGGAAAGCUCGAGGGGGAAAAACCUUCAUACACUUACACCAAGCCUUACACCCAAAGGAUAGAGGAUUUGAAGAUGCCCAUUGGAUAUCAACCUCCAGCAUUUCAACAAUUCGAUGGGAAAGGCAAUCCAAGACAACACACCGCCCACUUCAUGGAAACAUGCAACGACGCUGGGACAUAUGGAGAUCUUCUUGUCAAGCAGUUCGUCCGCUUUUUGAAGGGUACUGCCUUCAAUUGGUACACUGACUUGGAGCCUAGCUGCAUUGAUAGCUGGCAUGACAUGGAGCGCGAGUUCUUGACUCGCUUCUACAGCACAAGAAGAACCGUUAGCUUCUUAGAACUCACUACCACUCGUCAAAGAAAUGGUGAAAGCUUGUCUGCUUACAUUGAAAGAUGGAGGGAGUUAUGCUUGAAUUGCAAGGAAAAGAUAUCACAGAGUUCUGCGAUUGAAAUGUGCAUCCAAGGCAUGCACUUCGAGCUCUCCUACAUCCUCCAAGGGCUCAAACAUAAGAGUUUUGAGGAAUUAUCUAGUCGCGCCCACGAUAUGGAGUUAAGCAUAACAGCUAAUGGUAGACAAAACAUACACAUUCAAAGCUUCUACAAUGGGGGCAAGAGUCAUGAUGACGUUGAAAAUGGUGGCAAAGCCUUUAAGAAAUAUGAAAGCAUGGAUGCUAUGCAUGUGAAUAUUCAACCAACUAGGAUAUUCACUGAAGCUACUGGUGAGUCUAAGGAUGCUUCUAGAUUAUUACAUGGUAGUAAAAGGCUUUCUUUCAGGGAAAGACAAAACAAGAAGUGCCCAUUCUUGGAUUCUGAUGUCCCACAUAUGUUUGAUGAGCUAUUAAGGUACAAUCUCGUUGAUUUGCCAGAAAUGAGGCGACCACACGAGGCAUCAAUGGUGGAUGAUCCGAGUUAUUGUAAGUAUCAUAGACUUGUCGGACAUCCAAUUAAAAAUUGCUUUGUCUUUAAGGAUAAAGUAAUGGAGUUAGCUCGAGAUGGGAGAAUUGAACUUGCAGAUGCCAUGGCAAGCGCUAAUCAAGUUUCCAUCUCAUGCGGUAAAUCUACUUCGCUACUCAUUGAGAGGAACAAUGUGAAGGGAAAUAGAAAAUGA